GGGGCCGCGGGGAAAGGAGCGCGGCGCCUUUAAAGCAAGAGGCGAGGAACCCCCGCCAGGAGGCGUGUCUGUCUCCGCCGCCGCCGCCGCCGCUGCUCCGCGGUCUCCGUCUCCGCCGCCGCCGUCACUCGCGCUGGGCGCCCGCGGCUGCGCUCCUCUGUCCGGGAGCCGCAGACUUCCCACCCGACUUCCUCCGGCUGCUCCUCCCCGAGGGCCACCCCUCCCCCUCCCUGCCUACCUCACCCGCAGCGAGAGGCUCGCGCGGCCGGACAUUGUGGGUGUGCGUGCUGGAUUUCUCCCGGAUGCUCCCCGACUAACAUGGAUGUCCCACCAUCCCUUGCAGUGGAAGGUUGCUCCUUGGCGCAGUGAGUGAGGAACAUGCAGCGAUUGCUAAUGGGUUUGGGAAGCGGAGACUCCUUCCUCUCUGUGACCAUGCCGUGAUCGUGUCUGCGGCCACCACUCGACGCAUCCUCAUUCCUAUCCGCACCGGGAGCCUAACGCUAGAUCGGGGAAGUGGGUGCCGCGCGUGUGGACACAGAAACACCAUGAAGAUUAUUUCCCCGAUUCUAAGUAAUCCAGUCUUCAGGCGCACCAUUAAACUCCUGCUCUGCUUACUGUGGUUUGGAUAUUCCCAAGGAACCACACAUGUAUUAAGAUUUGGGGGCAUUUUUGAAUAUGUGGAAUCUGGCCCAAUGGGAGCUGAAGAACUUGCAUUCAGAUUUGCCGUGAAUACAAUCAACAGAAAUAGAACGUUGUUGCCCAAUACCACCCUGACUUAUGACACCCAGAAGAUAAACCUCUAUGACAGUUUUGAAGCAUCCAAGAAAGCCUGCGAUCAGCUGUCUCUUGGGGUAGCUGCUAUCUUCGGGCCCUCACACAGCUCUUCAGCAAAUGCUGUGCAGUCCAUCUGCAACGCUCUGGGGGUUCCCCACAUACAGACCCGCUGGAAGCACCAGGUGUCAGACAACAAAGAUUCCUUCUAUGUCAGUCUUUACCCAGACUUCUCUUCCCUCAGCCGUGCCAUUUUGGAUUUGGUGCAGUUCUUCAAGUGGAAAACCGUCACGGUUGUAUAUGAUGACAGCACUGGUCUCAUUCGAUUGCAGGAGCUCAUCAAAGCUCCAUCAAGGUAUAAUCUUAGGCUUAAAAUCCGUCAACUACCUGCUGAUACAAAGGAUGCAAAACCCUUACUAAAGGAAAUGAAAAGAGGCAAGGAGUUCCAUGUAAUCUUUGACUGUAGCCAUGAAAUGGCAGCAGGCAUUUUGAAACAGGCAUUAGCUAUGGGAAUGAUGACAGAAUACUAUCAUUAUAUCUUUACUACUCUGGACCUCUUUGCUCUUGAUGUAGAGCCCUACCGAUACAGUGGUGUUAACAUGACAGGGUUCAGAAUAUUAAAUACAGAAAAUACACAAGUCUCCUCCAUCAUUGAAAAGUGGUCAAUGGAACGGUUGCAGGCACCACCGAAACCCGAUUCAGGUUUGCUGGAUGGAUUUAUGACGACUGAUGCUGCUCUAAUGUAUGAUGCUGUGCACGUGGUGUCUGUGGGCGUCCAACAGUUUCCCCAGAUGACAGUCAGCUCCUUACAGUGUAAUAGACACAAACCCUGGCGCUUCGGGACCCGUUUUAUGAGCCUAAUUAAAGAGGCACAUUGGGAAGGUCUCACAGGCAGAAUAACUUUCAACAAAACCAAUGGCUUACGAACAGAUUUUGAUUUGGAUGUGAUUAGCCUCAAGGAAGAAGGUUUGGAAAAGAUUGGAACUUGGGAUCCAGCCAGUGGCCUGAAUAUGACAGAAAGUCAAAAGGGAAAGCCAACCAACAUCACAGAUUCCUUAUCUAAUCGUUCUUUGAUCGUUACCACCAUUUUGGAAGAACCCUACGUCCUGUUUAAGAAAUCUGACAAACCUCUCUAUGGGAAUGAUCGAUUUGAGGGCUACUGCAUUGACCUCCUCAGAGAGUUAUCUACAAUCCUUGGCUUUACAUAUGAAAUUAGACUUGUGGAGGAUGGGAAAUAUGGAGCUCAGGAUGAUGCCAAUGGACAGUGGAAUGGAAUGGUCCGUGAACUGAUUGAUCAUAAAGCUGACCUUGCAGUUGCCCCACUGGCUAUUACCUACGUUCGAGAGAAGGUCAUCGACUUUUCCAAGCCCUUUAUGACACUUGGAAUAAGUAUUUUGUACCGCAAGCCCAAUGGUACAAACCCAGGCGUCUUCUCCUUCCUGAAUCCUCUCUCCCCUGAUAUCUGGAUGUAUAUUCUGCUGGCUUACUUGGGUGUCAGUUGUGUGCUCUUUGUCAUAGCCAGGUUUAGUCCCUAUGAGUGGUAUAACCCACACCCUUGCAAUCCUGACUCAGACGUGGUGGAAAAUAAUUUUACCUUGCUAAAUAGUUUCUGGUUUGGAGUUGGAGCUCUCAUGCAGCAAGGUUCUGAGCUCAUGCCCAAAGCGCUCUCCACCAGGAUAGUGGGAGGCAUUUGGUGGUUUUUCACACUUAUCAUCAUUUCUUCGUAUACUGCUAACUUAGCCGCCUUUCUGACAGUGGAACGCAUGGAAUCCCCUAUUGACUCUGCUGAUGAUUUAGCUAAACAAACCAAGAUAGAGUAUGGUACAGUGGAGGAUGGUGCAACCAUGACUUUCUUCAAGAAAUCAAAAAUAUCUACGUAUGACAAAAUGUGGGCCUUUAUGAGUAGCAGGAGGCAGUCAGUACUCGUCAAAAAUAAUGAAGAAGGAAUCCAGAGAGUCCUCACCUCUGAUUAUGCUUUCCUAAUGGAGUCAACAACCAUUGAGUUUGUUACCCAGCGGAAUUGUAACCUGACACAGAUUGGCGGCCUUAUAGACUCCAAAGGUUAUGGCGUUGGCACCCCCAUGGGUUCUCCAUAUAGAGACAAAAUCACCAUAGCAAUUCUUCAGCUACAAGAGGAAGGCAAGCUGCACAUGAUGAAGGAGAAAUGGUGGAGGGGCAAUGGCUGCCCGGAGGAGGAGAGCAAAGAGGCCAGUGCCCUGGGGGUUCAAAAUAUUGGUGGCAUCUUCAUUGUUCUGGCAGCCGGCUUGGUGCUCUCAGUUUUUGUGGCAGUGGGCGAGUUUUUAUACAAAUCCAAAAAAAACGCUCAAUUGGAAAAGAGAGCCAAGACUAAGUUACCUCAAGACUAUGUAUUCUUCCCCCUUUUGGAGUCAGAUUUUUCCAUUUCUACAGUGUUGUCAUCAUCACCAUCUUCAUCAUCAUUAUCAUCAUGUUCUUAAUAAGUACAUCUAAUAAGGUCCUUCUGUAGCGCCAUGGUGGAAGAGCUGAGGAUGUCCCUGAAAUGCCAGCGUCGGUUAAAACACAAGCCACAGGCCCCGGUUAUUGUGAAAACAGAAGAGGUCAUCAACAUGCACACAUUUAACGACAGAAGGUUGCCAGGUAAAGAAACCAUGGCAUGAAGCUGGGAGGCCAAACACCCAAGCACAAACUGUCGUCCUUUUUUUCCAAACAAUUUAGCGAGAAUGUUUCCUGUGGAAAUAUGCAACCUGUGCAAAAUAAAAUGAGUUACCUCAUGCCGCUGUGUCUAUGAACUAGAGACUCUGUGAUCUAAGCAGUUGCAAUGAUCAGACUUGAUUUACAAGCAUCAUGGAUCAACCAAGUUACACUGGGUUACACUGUUUAUCAUGGGUUCCUCCCUUCUUUUGAGUGAAUGUUACACGCGCAUUUUGUGGCUGGUUUCAAAUGCAGUCCAGUAAGAAAUUACAGGUUCCUUUUGAAGUCCAACUGUUGCCAGGAGGUGGAAUAUCAAUGCCCCAAGGGUAACCAGUAAAAAAAAAAAAAAAAAAAAAAA